AUGUUAAGAGCUAUAACAAAUCCGGUAUAUAGGAAAGGCUCACGAUCAUUAGUGAAUAUUGCUCUUCUCAAGCAAUGUUCCAACAAACUAACUCACUCUUCUCAAAGGUAUAUUACAACUGGAACAGAUACAUUCCUUUCCACUUCCAACUCCUCUUACAUAGAUGAAAUGUAUUUAGCAUGGCAAAAGGAUCCCACCUCAGUCCACGUCUCUUGGGAUGCAUAUUUCAAAAAUAUGGGUAAUUUGAAAACUCCAGCUUCAAAUGCAUUCCAAGCUCCUCCAAUCAUAAUUGGAACUCCUCAAUCUUCUCCACAAUCUCCAUUAGGAUCUGUAGCAAGUAAUGUGGACGCAAACGUUAGCUUACAUCUAAAGGUACAAUUACUAUGCAGAGCAUAUCAAGUUAGAGGUCAUUUGAAAGCUCAUAUUGAUCCAUUGGGAUUAUCAUUUGGUGAUAGCUCCUCUAAACAUAUCCCUAAAGAAUUAACUUUGGAAUAUUACGGAUUCAAUGAAAAUGAUUUGAAGACAGAGAUUAAUUUGGGACCAGGAAUAUUACCUAGAUUCGCUAGGAAAGAUGGUCAACCCACUAAGAUGCCAUUAGGUGAAAUUAUUGAACAUUUGGAAAAAUUGUAUUGUUCCUCGUAUGGGAUCCAAUAUACUCAUAUUCCAUCAAAGGAGAAAUGCGAAUGGUUAAGGGAAAGAAUUGAAAUUCCAAAUCCUUAUAAAUAUAGUGUAGAUCAAAAGAGACAAAUUUUAGAUAGGUUGACUUGGGCAACUUCUUUUGAGACUUUCUUAUCUACUAAAUUCCCCAAUGAGAAAAGAUUUGGUUUAGAAGGUUUAGAGGCUGUGGUGCCUGGUAUUAAGACUUUGAUUGAUCGUUCCGUGGAAAUGGGUGUCGAAGAUGUAGUCUUAGGUAUGGCUCAUCGUGGUAGAUUGAAUGUCUUAUCUAAUGUGGUUCGUAAACCUAAUGAAUCUAUCUUUUCAGAGUUUACUGGUACAAGUACAAGAGAUGACAUUGAAGGGUCCGGUGAUGUUAAAUAUCAUUUGGGUAUGAAUUAUCAAAGACCAACAACUUCUGGUAAAUAUGUGAACUUAUCAUUAGUCGCUAAUCCAUCUCAUUUAGAAGCACAAGAUCCGGUUGUAUUAGGUAGAACAAGAGCAUUAUUACAUGCUAAAGGUGAUUUAGAAAAUAAAACUAAGGCAUUAGGUGUCUUAUUACAUGGUGAUGCUGCAUUUGCAGGUCAAGGUGUUGUUUAUGAAACAAUGGGAUUCUUAACAUUACCAGAAUAUUCUACAGGUGGUACCAUCCAUAUUAUUACCAAUAAUCAAAUCGGGUUCACAACAGAUCCAAGAUUUGCAAGAUCUACACCAUAUCCCUCAGAUUUAGCUAAGGCUAUUGAUGCACCAAUUUUCCAUUGUAAUGCAAACGAUAUUGAAGCUGUUACAUUUAUUUUCAACUUAGCUGCUGAAUGGAGAAAUACCUUCCAUACUGACGCUAUCAUCGAUGUUGUGGGUUGGAGAAAACAUGGUCAUAAUGAAACUGAUCAGCCUUCUUUCACCCAACCAUUAAUGUAUAAGAGAAUCGCUAAGCAAAAAUCAGUUAUUGAUGUAUAUACUGCAAAAUUGUUAAAUGAAGGAUCUUUCACACAGAAGGAUAUCGAUGAACAUAAGAAAUGGGUUUGGAGUCUUUUUGAAGAAGCAUUUGAGAAGAGUAAAGACUAUGUUCCGUCUCAAAGAGAAUGGUUAACGGCUGCUUGGGAAGACUUUAAGUCACCAAAGGAAUUGGCAACAGAGAUUUUACCACAUAAUCCAACUAAGGUUCCAGCUGAAACUUUACAAAAUAUUGGUAAAGUAAUAUCAACAUGGCCUGAAAAAUUCGAAGUACAUAAAAAUUUAAAAAGAAUUUUAACAAACAGAGGUAAAUCGAUUAGUGAAGGUGAAGGUAUUGAUUGGUCUACUGGUGAAGCCUUGGCUUUUGCAACUUUAACUUUGGAGGGACAUAACGUUAGAGUCUCCGGUGAAGAUGUUGAAAGAGGUACAUUUUCUCAACGUCAUGCAGUUUUACAUGAUCAAAAUUCCGAAGAUACCUAUAUCCCAUUAAAACAUUUAAGUGAAAAACAAGCAGACUUCUCAAUUUGUAAUUCAUCCUUAUCCGAAUAUGGUGUUAUGGGAUUUGAAUAUGGUUAUUCCUUGACUUCUCCAGAAUAUUUAGUAAUGUGGGAAGCCCAAUUUGGUGAUUUUGCCAACACUGCUCAAGUGAUCAUUGAUCAAUUUAUUGCUGGUGGCGAACAAAAAUGGAAACAAAGAUCCGGGUUAAUCUUAUCUUUACCACAUGGUUAUGAUGGUCAAGGUCCAGAACAUUCAUCAGGUCGAUUAGAAAGAUUUUUACAAUUAGCUAAUGAAGAUCCAAGAUAUUUCCCAUCUGAGGAAAAAUUACAAAGGCAACAUCAAGAUUGUAACUUCCAAGUUGUAUACCCAACAACUCCAGCUAACUUAUUCCAUAUUAUAAGAAGACAACAACAUCGUCAAUUCCGUAAACCUCUAGCACUUUUCUUCUCUAAACAAUUAUUACGUCAUCCAUUAGCUAGAUCGAAUUUAGAAGAAUUUACAGAAGGUGGUUUCCAAUGGAUCAUUGAAGAUGUGGAACAUGGUAAGGCAAUUGGUACCAAAGAAGAAACAAAGAGAUUGGUCUUACUAAGUGGUCAAGUCUACACUGCUUUACAUAAGAAGAGAGAAACUCUUGGUGAUAAGACUACAGCUUUGAUGAAAAUCGAAGAAUUACAUCCAUUCCCAUUUGCACAAUUAAGAGAUGCAAUCAACUCCUAUCCAAAUCUAGAAGAAAUUGUAUGGUGUCAAGAAGAGCCAUUGAAUAUGGGCUCCUGGUCUUUCGUAUCUCCUAGAUUAAAGACAACAUUGAAUGAAACGACAUAUAAAGACUUUACUGUCAGAUAUUGCGGUAGGAACCCAAGUGGUGCUGUGGCGGCUGGUUCUAAGGCUCUACAUGCUGCAGAAGAAGAAGCUUUCUUAAAGGAUGUUUUUCAACAAUAG